AUGAAAAAACCACAACUCUAUAUAGUUGAAACUCCAGCAAGUACAGAUCUUCGAUGUUAUCCACUUCGUCUUGAUCCUGGUGUGGAAUUAAUCUCAACAAUUAUUGCGUUAAUGGAAGAUGUUGCUAUUCAAUCGUUAUUUAUUUUAACUUGUGUUGGAACAUUGUCACAAUGCUCAUUAAAUUCAUGUCAAUUAACUAAGAAAGAAUAUGAAAUUGUGUCUCUUAGUGGAACAUUUGAUAAAGAAUCUCAUAAUAUAAUGGAUUCAUUUGCUGAUCCUCAAACAGGAACAUUAGUCGGAGGUCGAAUUCGUUCUGUUACUGUUCAUACACCAUGCGAAUUAAUGUUAGCUGAACUACUUGAAUGUAUAUUUUUUCGAGAGUUUGAUUCACGAACUGGUGAAAAGGAAUUAACGAAAAAGAUUAUUAACUUCUCUAUUAAAGUUUGA